GAACUGGAAUCAUGUAACAGAUUAAAUCCAAAUUAAAAUAUUUGUUACACAAAUAGCAUUUUGAAGCGAUAAUACUUGACUUUAGUGGAGUUAUUCUGGAUUUGCUUUUGAUCUCAUUAUGCUCUUAUGAGAUCAAAACCAGCUAAGCUGAUUUGGGGGUGGUGGUGAUGCAACCCUUUUGCCAUGGUGAAAGAUACUUUUCAACUUAGUAUCAUACUCUGCAUUUGCCAGCUUUGUAAAAUUCUACCUCAGCACUUAGGGAAAUGAUCUGUAAUACAAUCUUAAAUUUAAGAGCACUACACAUAACUUCUUCUGUGAAUCUUUUUUAUGGAAAAUACCCAUCCAGUUUCACUUCUGUGACUCUUGACCAUUUCCAUGUGUGCUGCUGAUCUAGUUCCUCCUUUAACUUUUUAGAAAUGAACUUCAGAAGAUGUUUUGACAUCAGGAUAACAAAAUAUUUUCAUUUUCUCUGGCCAGACACUGAAGAACUUAGGAUUCACACAGGACUUACCAAGUUACUUAGGAGAUAAAGCCAUAGCCCAUUGCUGGUGCAGGAGGAGGACGACAUAAUAAUGUGUUUUUUCUCAGACGUAGAGCAUUUCCUCCUAUAACCCUAUAUCCAGAUUAUUCUGAUGGUUAUUGUUUGGCUAAAUUACUGCAGUUUCCCAGAGCAUUAGAGAUACAACUCCCACCCGCUUUAUUGUACCAGCAGUGUCUCAGUAUAAGAAAAUGUUGAUUUCCUUUAUGCCAGCAUAUUUCUAAAGCAUGUUCAACUGUUUCCUGCUGAAUUAUAGAAGAUUACAUGGAGGCAGUAAGCACAGUUUUUCAUGCGUUGGGAUAGAAUUUCAUGUCAAACAUAAUGCACAUUCGUGAUUUAUCUGCCACCCCUCUUUUCUGACUUUUAUGAAGUGUUAUUCAUUCAUAUAAAUGAGUAGAAUAGCAUAAAGAGGGUUGCUUUCUCCUCAUAGGUGUUGCUUAGAUCAGAAGUUGAACAAAGUAGCAAGCUUCUUUUGAAAGACCACUGGCAUGGUGUAAAAUAUGCUGAAGUAUGUUUUACUAUAACUAAAAACAAAGUCAGAUGCUGCACUGUAUCUUUAUUUUCACUUUGUAUGCAGAAGUGCACAGUUUUCCUGGGCAACAGGAACUGCCAUAUGCAGUCAGAUGUUUGCAAGUGUGAACAUGAAGAUGUGAGCUCAUGUGCUUUGUUAGUCUUCAGAAGACCAGUUAGAGAACUUUCAAGUUCAAGUUACAGAGUAAAUGCAGGGCACAAAGUACCAAAGAUAUUAGCAACCAAGAAGAACUGAAGAAUUUCCAGCAUGAAUCAAGCUGAGGAAAGCAGUAUGCGCUCAAUAUAGAAUAUUGUGAGGUCAGUAGUCUGCAUAGUACUGAGCUUGUCAUUUAUUAUUGGGACCCCUGGAAAUUGUAUCGUCAUCUGGACUGUUUGUACCAAAAUGAAGUAAGAAUCUCCUUCAGUCCUUCUGAUCUUGAACCUGGCCAUUGCAGAUGUCGUUGUACUGAUUACUUUACCAAUUUGGAUUUACUCCUUUGCUGACUCAUGGGUUUUUGGAGUCAUCCUCUGCAAAACACUGGUUUUCAUUACUUACUGCAGCGUGUAUGCUAGUAUAUUUUUAAUUACAGCACUGAGCUUGAAGCGGUUAAUGGAAUUAACAAAACAAAAGAUUGUUUUAAUCAUGUUCCUCAUUUGGUCUAUUACUUUUGGCAUUUCUGUCAUUCCAUUUCAGGAGACAGAAGAAAUGAACUGUCAACUACUAUACACAUGUCGCAACUACUCUUCUAAUGGACAGAAAGUGUCGUAUCUUUUGCUGGAGACUCUUGCAGGUUUUGUAAUCCCUUUUUUAAUUAUUUGCACUUGUUACAUGUGUGUUGCAAGAAGAAUAAGCAGAAUGACUUACCAAUCUAAGUGGCGAUCAGAGCGACUCAUUGCCAGCAUUGUGGGCAUUAACCCUCUACUUUAUGCUUUUGCUGCACGAAGAUUUCAGAAUCACCUGAGGUUUGUCAAGAUAGCAAAGUUGUUUGAACAGGUGAGUCAGACUGUAACAGAGGAAGACAAGAGAAAAAGUGUGGUUUUAACCAGGCAAGAAGAUGCUUUAGUAAGCACAGAGAAUCUCUAACAAGGAACAUAGAACCCUGGUGAAUAAUGUGAUUCUUUGUCCUUCCCUCAGCAGUCCUUUCUUAUACUCUCAGUUUCCUUUACUAAGCAGUCCAGGCAAAGCUAGAGAUAGGUAAAAAAUAUUGGGGUUUAUUUUGUGUGUUACAAAAGAAUUGGCAUUGACGGCCUAGUUCAGUUCUUAAGUUAAUAUCUGCAUCCUGAUAUUAGCACUGGUGCUGAGAAUCUCAGCAAGGUGGCUAGAAGCUCAGAGUGUAAGGAAUACAGCAUUUUUACUUUCCAUUAAAAUUAUCUGUGAUUUCUAGAAAUCCUGUGUGCAGGAAACAGAAAAGGACUGUGUGUGGAAAACAGAAGCUUUGACAGUUUAAAACUAAGUUUUCUUUCUGAAAAAAAAACCCUGUAAGAUCAUCAGAAAUGCUUAUAUAAUGUGAAGUUUUUAGAGAC